GUUCCCCUCUCUAUCUUGGACAACACUGUCGUUCGAUAUGCCCUCACGGGUGCCGUAUGGUACCUCGAUAAGCCCGCCGUUGAAGACGGUGCGGAGGCCCUUUCGCCGGCAAUUCUCACGCGAUCUCUCAGGGCGACCGCAAACUCGUACGCCGCUUGGGCUGGCCAACUCCACUGGAUGCCCUACGAUCCCAGUGUAACACUUCGCCAUGGUCGUGUUGGGAUCACCUAUGGCUCCACUGCGGACCCCGGGAUAGAGUUGAUCGUCGCGGCGAGCUCGCAGACGAUCUCUUCACUCCUGCCAAGCAGAGAACAGCGCCUUUCGGAUGGAUUCUGGGACACGGCAUCUUUGCCUUCGGAGAAGCUCCUUUGUCCCGUCAGACUUGCACUCCACAACACGAAUGAAUGGGCCGGACGCCCGUCCGUCUCAGUGCAGCUUACUACGUUCGCGUGUGGAGGCCUCAGCAUUGCCGUUAGAAUCACACACGUGUUGGCGGAUGCAACAGCUUUAUUGUGGUUCAUCAGGGACUGGAACGCCGUACACCGUGCCCUGCUCUUCAACCAGCCUCUUCCACAUCUCUCCCCCAUCUUCGACCCUCGCCUGAUCGACAAGGCUGCGGCAGGCAAUCUCGAUACCAGCGCCCCAGAUCCGGGAUUGUUGAAGAUAUCCCGGUCGCUUCCCCAGCAUCGCUACGAUUGGUGGGCAUCUGCAGAUGGUUGUCCACCGCCGAUGCUUCCCCAGACCAGACCGCCGCCAGAGCUCGAAGGCGCAGAUCUAGGACCCCCAGGCGAGCUACUGCCCUGGCACGAAUGGGAUCUAUCUCUCCCUGUCGGUCACUGCCUCAUCUACUUCACCCCGAAGGAGAUCGAGAACAUGUGGCAAGACGCGUCCUCACAACAGCCCCCGGGUGUCCGGGUCUCGCGCCUCGACGCCCUCCUCGCGUUCGUUUGGAAAUUGGUCGUCCGCGCGCGGGGACUCGAGCACGACAAGGAACUCGUCAACAUGGUCCUCACCAUUGGGUUCCGCCCUCGUCUCUCUCCCCCGUUGCCAAACUCCUUUCUUGGCUCGUGCAUCACCAACGCGAGCGCGGCCCUGACAGGCGAGGAAGUCGCCAGCUCUACGACGCUCUCUCCUCUGGCAUCGGCUAUCCGCGCGGUCAACGCAAGCUUCACGCCGACAGCUAUUGGAGCGCUCCUUCACGACCUCGCGCAUGAAGUGAACCCUCAAAGGACCUGGCGCGCGUUCGUGGGGCGUCGCCACACCCUGGUCACCUCGUGGCUGACGAACGACCCCUACGGGAUAGACUUUGGGACGGGGACUGCACCGCGCCUCGUAGAAGCGUUAAUGCCGAAUAUAGAUGGAUGUGUUCACGUCAUGGAA